AAAUACCAGGAGAUAGAAAUCAUAGAAUGUUUUCAAAGGUAGUGUCUACCAGAAGAACUCAAAGAAUUUUACAAUGAGACAGAGAGUGUCAGUCACAGUGGAAAUCAUCUAAAUGGAGAAGGUAUGGAUUUCAAAGCCAAGGUUGUGAAUAAGAAAGUUCAAGCAUGGAUGCCACUAGGUGUUCCUACUGGAGAGGACUGGCUCCUAGUUACUAGAAACUUGAAUGUAUUUGAACAGCUCCAACAAAACCUCGAAGAAAUGAUGGGCUCUACUGAAUCCUCUGAUGUACCAUCAACAAGGCGAAUGGAUGUAGAAGAGCAAGUUUUUUCAUUUCGAACACUAAUUCGUAGGAAAGUGUAUUUGCUUUAUCGGCGUGAUGCCAGUGCAAACCCGAUCAGCUUAGGUGGAAAACUGUUGAGCAACGAUCAGUUUCACCGAGAAAGCUUUAAGCUUGCGUGCUUCCUCUUUAACAGAUACAUGGGACUAGCUGAAGACUCGGACACCCACAAGAUGUAUGUUUGCGUUACAAAAGAAGAAGAGGCACGUCUUUUGUUGGAAACAUGACUAAAUCACAAAUAGGUGACCUUAUUAAUACUCUUAUUGGGGGCGUACAAGACGAGGACUUGCAUAAUGGACUGUACAUUGAGUAUUCAAGUAUGAAUGUAAUCAGGAUUAAAAGAGAUGAACAAAUUGUGUUUCAUGAUCAAGUGAAGGAUAUCUUACUGGAUCAGAACUUAUGUGACCGUGACUCCGUUCCUCCACAAGUUUUGACCGAUUAAUGGAAUUCCAUAAUUGACACCAUUUUGAGUGACUGUGAUAUACUUUAUGUGAACUAUUUGAAUUGUUCGUUGUUUCUAUAAUAUAUAUCUGUUGCAACAGUAAUGAUUAUGACUUAUAAGAAUUGAUUACAUUUUACGAACAGAAUUUUUGCAUAUGCUGAUUAUAAACAAUCAUUCAAAUAGAAGCAUAUAUAAUUAUAUUGAUGUACUUAAAUUUAUUGUUUGCUGAACCAUGAUAAUUGUUUGCUGAACCAUGAUAAACGUUAAAAUAUGCUUGGUACCAUAUAAAUAGUUUCUUAUAGAUAUAUAAAAGACAUAGAAUUUUUUGAAAUAAAAUAUCAUUGAACAGUCUCUGUUAAACAUAAGAUCGAAGGUAUGUUACUCUUAAUAAAGUCCUCUGUAAAGAAGUGUCUUGUGUAUUUCAAUGGAAUCAAACCAAACAAACGGCAUACGAAUGGUGCAUUCUUCUUAGGCCAGGGAUGGUUUUUCGGGAGGCAGGUAACAUACAUUGAAGAAUAGCACAGUCCAGUACAGGUAACCCAUCGUUUUCUAAUCUUCAUGGGAAAGAGAGCAAAACGAGUAGA